AUGGAGGUGAUAUAUUCUUGUCUCGUUGGAAGGGAAAACAAAGAAAUUGCAAACACCAUCACAACAUUAGAGCUUAAUCCAUGGGAUUUACGAUUACUACCGAUCGUCCCCAUUCAAAGAGGCCUCAUUUACCACAAACCUCAUUCCCAAAACAUCAUCUCUCACCUCAAAAACUCACUCUCCCGCACACUAAACUCCUUUCCACCCCUUGCCGGCCGUCUCUCCGCCACCCAUCACGAAGACGGCACAAAGAGCUACUUCGUCGACUGCAACAACUCCGGAGCCGAGUUCACUCACGCAGUCGCUGCCGCCGUCUCUGUCUCCGACCUCAUUGGACCCAAAUACAUCCCGGAAAUCGUCUACUCCUUCUUCCCGCUCGAAAACCUCACCAACUUCGAAGCCAUUUCGAAGCCUCUGCUGGCGGUGCAGGUCACCGAGCUGGCAGACGGCCUAUUCCUGGGCUGCGCCGCCAAUCACGCAGUCGUGGACGGCACUUCCUUCUGGCACUUCAUCAACUCUUGGUCUGAAAUCUCUCGCGGUUUAAAGACCAUAUCAAAAACUCCAGUGUUCUCACGAUCCAUCGAGCCGGUAAAAGUAGGGGGCCACAGCAAUCACCUUCCUCCGCCGAUGGUGGAAACUCCUCCAUUGCUGAGGAAGGUCUUCCACUUGGGGAAAGAAAGCUUGACCAAACUUAAAAAUAAGGCCAAUUCUACAGGCGGAAGUGAUAAAAUAUCGUCGUAUCAAGCACUCUCUGCUCUGCUGUGGCGGACCAUAAAUAUGCAUACUAAUGUAAAUAGCGAAGAAGUGGACUUCACUUUAAUAGUGGGUGCAAGGUCAAGGAUCGGUUGGGAUGAGGGCUAUUUUGGGAACGCGAUUUAUACGGCUGGAACUUCAUUGACUAGGCAUGAGCUGUUGCAGAAUGGAAUAGGCUACGCUGCGGUGAAGAUCAAUGAGCUGGUGAAGCAGCAGACGCGUGAAGCAGCAAUCCAAAACUUUGAAGAUUCUGAGAAUCGGGCGUUUAUUAGAAAAUGGCCUUCGUUUUUGAUCAUCGGAUCGCCUCGCCACGACGUGUACGGGAAUGAUUUCGGGUGGGGGAAGCCCGUUGCAGUGAGGUGUGGAAGAGGGCGAAAUGUCGAUGGGAAGAUCACCAUUUUUCCGGCGGCCGAAUCUGGGGGCGUCGAUUUGGAAGUUAGCCUUGCUGCUGACAAAAUGGUGGCCAUGGAAGAUGAUCCCGAGUUCAUUGCAGCUCUCGCCCAUUGAAAUUGCCUUUUGCAGUUUCUUGAACUUUAGGGAUUUUCUACAUAUUGUAAACGUCUCCAUUUCAGUACAGAAAUUAUGAACUUA